AUAUCUAUCCAUAUUCUUUUAUAAAAUCCUAAUUUCUAACCCUAAAUUCCCAAAUUGGAAAUCAGAAACCCUAAUCCUAAUUUUCCCCUUUUCCCCAGCCUCAGAACGCAGCCCUCACCCCACCUUUCUUCCAAAACACUAACACCCAAACAAAAGAAAGAAACAAAGAAAUGGAAAGGGAGAACAGAGAGCGUGGAAUCAGAGAAGAGGGAGCCACGCUCUGCUCCGUCCAGCUCGCCGCCGCAGCACCUCGCCUUGCCAUCACCGUUGCUGGAGCAAGGUCACAUCGCCAUCAGAUUUGAAGUCGUUGAGGAGCUGAACGCUCGCGAGGGAGAGGACAAACACGAGGAGAGCUUGUGCGCGAAGGGUAGCGCCGCUGUGUCUCUGUCGCGCCUUCAUCACUGUCGAAGCUGCACUUUCGCGUCACCAUCGUUGUGCCUCCACCGAACCCGUCACACCGCUGCUGUUGCGAUGUCAUACCUGUCGCGAGGGAGAAGAGAUGCGUGAGGAAGGAAGCUCGCAGGGGAGAAAGAAGAGGCUGCCUGUGCCACCCGCUCUGUCGCGUCUGAUCUCUGUUAUCGCCGCGUCGCCGCCACUGAAGGUCCGCCGCCAUUGUUUUCAUCGCCUCCAUGCUUCAUGUUCAUCCUGCCAAUCAUCACUGUCUUUGUUCGGUAUUGCUGUCCUUAUCCGGAACCACCGAUGUCAUUGUUGUUGCUUCCCCAGAAGAACUGAGGUUAUUGCUACUGUUCCGGCCGUACUAGCUAUUGUAAACUGGAAAAAGAAGGGGAUCGCCACGUUUAAAUUCGACGGUUUCGACUAACUGAGU